AUGGUGAACCGGAAGCUUUCCAGCAGGGACCACCAGGAAGAACAACUUCAGCGCUCAGACUGGUUUAAACCCAGGAAUCGCUUGGAUGUCAUCACAACCACAAACUGGCUGGCCCCAGUCAUAUGGGAAGGCACCUUCAACAGAGAGGCCCUGGAGAAAUUUUACAGAAAGCAGAACAUCACUGUGGGUCUGGCUGUGUUUGCCUUUGACAGGCUCAUAGAUGAGUAUCUUGACCUCUUCUUGCAAUCAGCCAGCAAGUUCUUCAUGCCUGGCCACAAGGUGAUUUUCUACAUUAUCGUGGACAGGCACCUGCAGCUACCUGACAUAAAGCACAGCCCUCUGCAAUCCUUCCAGAUCCUUAUGUCGGGUUCAGAGAGGUGGUGGAACCACCUUGACCUCGUUCGCAUGAAGAUCUUGGGCGAUUACAUCCAGCAACACAUCAAGGAUGAGGUGGACUUUCUCUUCAGCAUGACUGCCAACCUCAUCUUCCAGAACGAGUUUGGGGUGGAGACCCUGGGUAAAUCUGUGGCUCAGCUCCAUUUCUGGUGGUAUUUUCAAAAUACCACGGACUUCCCCUAUGAGAGGAGAGCUCAGUCAACAGCCUAUAUCCCCUUUGAACUGGGGGACUUCUAUUAUGCCGGCACAAUAUUUGGUGGUGUGCCCCUUCAGGUUUUGAGUGUGGUCCAGGAGUACAUAAGAAAUGUUAUUUGGGACAUAGAAAACGGAAUUAAUAGCACCUAUGAAAAGUACCUCAACAAGUAUUUUUUCCUCAAUAAACCCACCAAGCUGCUAUCCCCAGAGUACUGCUGGAACCCGGUGUUCAGAAUCCCUCGGCAGGUGUGGCGUGUGAAGGUUGCUGAGCACCCUACAGCCAGCUGGUGA